AUGAACAAGCGCGGGCUGGUGGCAAUCUCGUUUACGGGGCGAAACGAUCUCCACAGGGGCUUCUUGGAAGUUAAAAGAUACUACUCUUCGUGGUUGACGGCGACGAAGAUAGAGGGUUACAAGGGUAUUAUGCAUUAUCAAGAUAGAAUACUACCAAUUACGUCGACUAGGCCUUCUACCAACACGCUGAUCCCCCCGAAUCCCAAGAACAAGAACGGGCCAACCUACAACAGCAGGGCGGGCGAGACCGAGGACACCGGCGAGACCGGCACCGGCGCCAACGACGGCGCGGGAGGCGGCACCGGUGAAGGUUGGGAGGGGAGCGGUGAUGAUGCCGGUACCGGUACCGGUGGCAGUGCCCGAUUGGGGGGUACCUGGGCGGUAGAGUUUGGGGAGAGAGACAUACCAGGAGGUGCACUCGGUGAUGGUCUUGGAGGUCAUGGUGCGGGUGACGGUGCAGGGCGCGGUGAAGGUGAGCGAGGUAGGCCCGGUGACGGUGUAGGUCUGCGAGCCGUGGAUGAGGGUGGUGGCCUCUGGGCAGAAGGUGACGAAGCUGGUGACGACUUCGGUGGUGACCUCAGGCAUCACACCGGUGCCGAUGAGCGAGGCAGAGGCGAUGCUGGCCAUGGCAGCAGCGGUAGCGACGGAGAGCGACUUGGACGAUGUUUGUUCGUUGCUGGAGAAGAAGAAGAAGAAGAAGAAGACGAAAGACGAGAAGAUAUAAAGAAGGUCGUCAAAGGGGAAAAAAGGAGUGCCUGCGACGGUGGCGUUGCUGUGGAACAAGACGUAUCUUACGGUAUUUACAUGACCGUACCAGGCACCGUAACUUACGAGCCUAACUGGUCCCGUGACCGGCGAGGAAGACGGGCGACAGGACGGCGACAGGGGAGAAACAGAGAGGAUGUCAUGGAUAUCAUGGAUGUCGAUGCGAUGGCCCUCUUGUCCGUACUCAUACCAUGUAAAGGCUACUGA